UCUCGCCCCACAGCCGUCCCCAACCCCACCCCCACCGCCACCGUCGACGACCCUCACCGUAGACAAGGUCGAGGCUGACCCAAGAUCGAGCCCAUGCCCAGAUUCACGAGUGGAGCCCCGCGAAGCUGCCCGCAAACUGCUCCUCUUCCCCACCCCCGAUUCCUCUCCAAUCUCCGCCGCCGCACCGGAUCCCCACCCCCACCGGCGACCUCGUCUCCCCGUCUCCGGCCCCAUCCCCACCUCCGGCCGACCUCCCUCCUCAUCUCGUCCAUCCACCCAUGGAAACCCCCUUUUCCACGGAUCCACCCACGCCCACCCAUGGAUGGAUAGAUGGGGCGCACCAGUUCUGGCGAUGGCGGCGCCGGAUCCGCACCCACCUGCGUGAUGGAGGCCGGCCGCAUCGGGAUCCACCGCCUGCUCUCGGUCUGGUGCGGCACACCGGACCACACCGGAGAUUGCUACUGCGGUGGUCGUCGACGACGGCGCAUCUCCGGCGGGACCUAGAUGCCCAAGGCAUGCAUACGUGGUUGGUGACCUCGCGUGCCGCCAUUGCCGGAGGCUGGCUGGCUGGAUGGACGGGCGUCCGCGGUGCCGGCGUUUUGCAGCCUUACAUCUCAGGGAAGACGCUUGCUAAAAUGUGUGCAUGCCAAGAUUCCUGCGGUUCCAGACUGAUUGGUGAGAUUACAUUCGUACUGAAGUGCUACGCAAGUGUUAUCUGCUAUGCUAACUGAACAUACAAAGCCGCUUCCAAGUAAAUUAAAUCGUUUUGC